GCAAUCACUGAUUUUCCCACUGAUUCUGAAAUUUCCCCUACACCAGCUGGGGAAGGAAGAAUGGACUGCGCAUCUCCAGAUGUUGCUGUAGAAUAUAUAAUGGACUUCAGCAAUAAAAGAAGCAAGAAAGAAGCACAAUAUCUAGAUAAAAAGAUUUCAGAAAAAGAGAAUAUUAUCAGCAGUUGCAAUCCCUAUGAACAGUAUUCCCCAAAGCAGAAACAUCCCAAGGCAGUGGGAAAAAAUGGGAAAAAGGUGGACUGGAACAUAAACAAACCUUGCAAAAAAUAUAUUCCGGCCUCUGAGAAAUAUCCCAGACUCCAGCAAAAGCAGCGUGAAGAAAAGAAAGCACAGCGACAAAUGGCGCUGCUUCAGUUGGUUGAAAGAAACAACCCUGGUAAUCUUUGCAAGAAAAAAGGUGUUUCUCCAGAUAGAGCCCUCUCACCUCACAAGGAAGAUGAGGUCAAAAAUAAGGAAGAACAAUUCUCAAAAAAAUUAUUUGAACAAAGAUCUGACUCCCCACCUGUUCCAGCAGUUAAAAACAAAUUACAGCAACAACUAAAGACUUCUGAUUUCCCAGUUCUUAACAGCAAAAAUGGAAGCCCAAAGAGUAUUUCUACAGAUCAGCAUGGGAAUGAAAGGCCUCUUCCAAAUACGGAAGCUGAAAGACCUCCUUCAUCUCAUUUUGUUCCUUAUGUGCGAACAAAUGAAGUAUAUUACCUUGAUCCAGAUGCACCCUUGACUAGGCCCUCCACGCAUGAGCCACAAUACCAAGAGCUGGACGGUACUGCAGUAGAGAGUUCAAGAAACACUUAUGAUACUUACCAUAAACCACGGCAGGUUUUUAGCUCUGAUCACAUAAGGGAUCCUCUUUUUAAUCCUAAUAUGGUGAGAGACAGGCAGCAAGCCAUACUCAAAGGACUUUCAGAGCUGCGACAGCUGGAAAUUGGAUAAUCCCUCCAACUCUUCAUGCAGAACAUUAUGUAAAAAUGGGGCUCCUUCAGAAGCAGAAAGAACUGGAGACAUGCUUUAUUCCAAGUCUUAUGACUCAAGAAGAAAACUUUAUUUUACCGCUUUAAGAAUUUCAGCUAUGAUGAUUUUGCUGUGUUGGCACUUUAUACUAUAAUUAUGAACCAAGUUGUAGAAUAUGGACUUUUGUAUAUUUAAGAUAAACUUUCAGUAAUGAAUUUUAUUUCACAUGAAACUGUAUGAUAAUGUGAUCUGUUUACACAGUAUUUGUAUCACUAAUUUAAAUUUUAUGUGAGUAUUUAGCAUGAGAAAUAAAAUACUUGAAUUUUCAAUACCCAUGGCUACU